CGCCAAUGCUAUCGUCAACACCAUCAUCGACAACAUCGCAACCACAGUAUCUCAUGUAUGAUGAGGAAAAUAAUGCGGCGGAUCAGAAGGCUAAUGAGGAGACUCGGAUUAUUGGGGGCAGUAGUGGCAAUGCCAAUGACUCGGCGGGAAUUGGGGUGGGAGUGGGCAUUGGAGUGGGAAGUAGUGCACCUGGGACGGGGGGUAGAAUUCCUGGUUAUUGGCAACAUGCUGCUACCUCGGCUGCUGGCUACUGGUCCUCUCUCUUUGAUUCUUGGACGACAAAUCCCAUUGCCACUGGGUCACAAUCGCUAUCGCUCAGUUGGGAUGAGAAUCGGGGGUGAAUACCGAAUUAAGGGUGAGUUUUGUGAGUGUCUUUGGGGAUUUUUGAGAGUAUGAUGGAUGAAGAGCGUGGAAGAGUGCUCAUUGAUUCAAAUGACAUUCUUUGUUUAUUGUAAAAUACUGAUAUUAUCAUUUGACCAAAGUUAUCUGUGCAAUAAAAAGAAAAUGUUCCAAAACCCCUUGAGGCGAGAAUGAGGGUGCGGGUGAUGCACUCACCGACUCCUGUAGAUAUCUGUAUAGUAGAGAAAUUAAAAUAACUACGGAAACCGUAAUAAAAAUUAACUCAAAGGAUAAACCAAUUGUAAUAUUCUAAUGUCGAUAAUAAAUGAAUGAAUUAUUCAGCGAAAUACCAAAUAAAGAAAUAUUAUUUGUAGGUACAAUGAAAAUAUGAAUGAGAGUCUGAGAUGAUGAGUGAUACGAGUUAACUCGUUUCAGUCUGCCAUGUACAGUGUAUGAGCAAAAUUAUAUCGAUCUAGAUUGUACGUUAUAAAUAUUAUUAACGAAUUGUAGUGUUAAAUGAUAUUCAGUAUACUUAAAUGCGCGAUAAAUGAUGUUUCAUGAGACCUCAAGACUUUAUGAUGAAAAGCGAGUAAUGUCAGGCCCAAAAUAUAUGAACUCCCGCUAGUCUCCGCUUAACGCAAUCUCUCGAGGUAAAAUGAAAUACUUUUAUGACCCAAACAUCAUAGAAUUGUAUAGAUUCUAAGGUAGAUUAAGGAAACGACCGCUAUUUUGUAUGAAUCCCGAUGUCGUACAAAUGUCAAAGUCGAAAAAAAUAAACAAUUCCACAUAUCCCCAGACGCAGAUCGGUGAAUGGAGCAGUAAAAUUCACUGUUGUUCGUCAUCUUUGAUUCACUUAUGUGUACGUUCCUUGUUUGAUGCCAUUUGUGGGCCCAUGAGGAGCACAGUUUGUAAUCUAGUCACAAUAAAAAUCAAUUCUAUUCUAACAG